AUGGUCCACUCUGCUGCUGCCCUGGCACUGUGCCUGGCACUGCUCCUCACACAGCCGACAGAUGGUGAGGAGCUGCCGAAGCCCAGUCGCUUGCGCUUCGCCGCGGAGAUAGCGCGACACCUUCUGCGGUGGGAACCAGCACAAAACUCCCCCAGCGACGUCCGCUACGACGUGGAGUACUUGGUCUACGGCAUGAAUCUGUCCUGGACAGAUGUCCCAAACUGCAUCAACAUCUCAGAGCACUCCUGUGACCUCACCUACUACACCCUGGAUCCUGGACAGCGCUACUACGCGCGGGUCAGGGCUGUGUCUGGAAACCACUCGUCCUCCUGGGAAAGGACCAGCUCCUUCUCCCCACAAGAAGCUGGCCUGCGCCUGUCGGGCCACAGCCUCUCUGUGAGUGGCAAUGCCAUCCAUGUGGAGCUGCAGCUGCUCCUCCAGGCCGGGAAUGUCACCGUGAAGUUCGAUGAAAUACACGAGUACAUGACGCGCUACCGAACCUACGUCAGGAGGACACAGGACAACCAGACGUUUGAAGUGGUGGAGACUGCUACAGUGUUCACCAUCAGCAACCUGCACUGGGGCACAGAGUACUGCCUGAGCGUGGAGCCUGGAGUGACCCACCGGCGCGUCCCCACCACGCGCACCGACGAGCAGUGCGUCACCAUCGGCCACAGAGACAGGACUGCAGAUCUUCUCCCAGGCAUCUUCAUCUCUUCCUUUGUCACCCUGUUGCUCCUGAGCAUCUUGGGGGCUCUGCUGGUGUGCACCUACAUAAAGAAACCUGUGAGGACACCAUCUGUCUUGAAGUCCUUCAUGAAGCAGAGCUCGCUCUGGGUGGAGCAGGAGCCUCCAGCCUCGGGCAGCCUGGAUGCAGAUCCCAUCCAGCAGCUGUUCCUGUGCCAGAAGGAGCCUCAGCCAGACAACAGCCCUGACGGCAGACCCAGCACAGCUCAGCAACCCCUGGAGAAGGACUGGAGGCUCCCAGCAUGGCCUGUGGACCGGCUGUGCCUCCUGGAGCUGACACCCAUGGAGAGUGGAGACAGCAGUGGCAACAGCACUGACAGUGGCAUCUGCCUGCACAUCCCUUCCUCCUCCUCCUCCUCCUCCGAACUGAGCUGCUCCGCAGGCCCCGAGCCCCAGGGCUACAGGCAGCAGCUGCCCACUGGUGAUGACAGUGGUGUGAGCUUGAAGAGCACCUGCCCUAGUCCCACGUGCUCCUCUGGCAGUGGGAAUGCUGUCCAAGGAGAGCUCAGUCCCUCCCCUGCCACGGGCCAGGAGGACGUGGAGUUCCGUGGGUACCUGCAGCAGUCCAAGGGCACAGUGGAGCCAAGGCAGGACCCAGCCAAGGGGGUGCCCAUCCCAGACUGUGCAGGGUCUGUGCAGGGCACAGGCAGCACUGACAUCGUGCUGGAUGUCGAGUGCUCUGAGCUGGCAGUGGCCAAAGGGUAUUUGAAACAAACCUCUCUGGAACAUCCCCACGGCCGCACACUGGACCUUGCUCCAUGUGGAGCCCCUUGGAAACACACUGCCUUGGACUUUUCCAGUCAGACAGGACCCCGAGCCCCCACUCUGCUGAGCUGGGGGGCUCCAGGGGCUCCCUUAACCUCCAAAGCCAGCCCUGAGCUCCUAAAAACUCCCUUUGACCUGAACAUCUUCAACACUGACUUCCUGGGGCUGCUGCCCCUCAGCUCCAGCCUCAGCACGGACUGGCUCAUGCUGCCAGGCAACCCCCUGAGCCUGCUCAAUGGGGACAGCAAGGACAGCCGACUGUGA